AUGUCGGUCUCCAUGGUAACACACACCUACCCGUCCACCCGGUGGUCGGCGGUCUCCGAGGCCCCGGUGGGCGCCAACGUCACCGACAGGCAGCGAGACACCCUGCUGGCGGUGGCCGAGGUGGUGGUGCUGGCGGCCAUCUUGGUGAUGGCGUUGCUCGGCAACGGGCUGGUGCUGGUGGUGUUGCUAAGGCGCCGGCGACAUCACAACCCGCUGCACCAGUUCAUGCUCAACCUCUGCGUGGCGGACCUGGUGGUGGCGCUGUUCCAGGUGUUGCCCCAGCUGGUGUGGGACGCUCAGGGCAGACUUCCCGGCCCGGACUUCCUGUGCCGCCUGGUGAAAUACCUCCAGGUGCUCGGCAUGUUCGCCUCCUCCUACAUGAUCGUCGCCAUGACGCUGGACCGCCACUACGCCAUCUGCUGCCCCCUGCAGGCGCAUCGCAGCGGAGCCACGCAGCGCUGCAACACCUUCGUGGUGUUGGCCUGGGGGCUGUCGCUGCUGCUCAGCCUGCCGCAGGUUUUCAUCUUCUCCCGCUCAGAAGUGGCUCCAGGGAUCCACGAGUGUUGGGGAAGCUUUGCUGAGUCUUGGGGCCUCAAAGCCUACGUGACCUGGAUGACCCUGUCGGUCUUCAUCCUGCCCGUCCUCAUCAUCACCGUCUGCCAGGUGCGCAUCUUCAAGGAGAUCCACAACAACCUGUACCUGAAGUCGGAGCGCCGUCUGUCGCCCACGUCCAUAACUGCAGUCAGACGGGACAGCCAGCGAGGAGGAGGAGGAGGAGGAGGAGGAGGCAGAGGGAAGCCUGGACUCCACGUCUCACCCCUCACCUUCAGCAAUCCCACCAGUCAACCCUCCUGCGACCACGAAUCCAGCCGUCAGCACCUGCCGAUGGGUCCGAUCGGGUCCAGCAGCGUCGCGUCGCGCUGUGACGUUCAGCCAGCCGAGCUGCAGCCCGACCUGCUGCCUGAGCCCCCGCUGCCCUUCACCGUCUGCCCCCCCGACCCGCCCAAAGCGCCUCCUGCCCGGGGCGGCGAGGUGUCGGCGGCCAUGUCCAAGACGGUGAGGAUGACGCUGGUCAUCGUGCUCGUCUACUCGCUCUGCUGGGCGCCGUUCUUCAGCGUCCAGCUGUGGGCCGCCUGGGACCCCGACCCGCCGCAGAGCGGUGCAGCGUUCACCUUGCUCAUGCUGCUGGCCAGCCUCAACUCCUGCACCAACCCCUGGAUCUACUCCGCCUUCUCCAGCAGCGUCUCCCCGGAGCUCCGGCUGCUGCUGCUCUGCCGGAGGAACUCUCAGCGCCGGGGCUCUUUACCCAACGACUCCACCACCACACACACGUCCAGCUACUGA